AUGACUAGAAAACGAGUUAAUACUAAAAGUUCAAAUAUUUAUUCAAAUGUGUGCCCAAAAUUUCCCCCAAAUAUUAAUGUCCCGCAGUGCAUAGAAGAAUCAGUUAAAAAAUAUCAAGAAGGAGAAACUCGCAGGACGCCUAAUGCGUUUCUUCUUUAUCGAUCCCAAUAUAUUGCUGAAUUCAGCAGAGUAAAUAAUUGUAAUCUUGCAGCUACGAAAAUCUCUCCACUUGCAAGACAAUCGUGGUAUAAUGAACCUACUGCCGUGCAAAAUCAUUACAAAGAUCUUGCUAUUAAAAUUAAAGAAGGCGUUAGAAAACGAAUUCCUUUUUCUUUCGUCAAUAAACAAAAGAAUUUAAGCCCUAUUCUUGAUGAUGUAACUGUUGGAGUUACCCAGACAAAAAUUAAUCCCUACCAUACCGUUGAUCCGGCUCCAAUCGUAGAUUCAAAUCGAAAUGCCGAACAUGCACAUAAUUUACCUCAAUUAAGUGCUGAAAUCGUUGAAAAUGCGCAUAAUUUAUCUCAAUUCGACACAGAAAUCACUCAAAACACGCAAAAUUUAUCGAUUAUGGAUUCAAAUAAUGAUAUCAACGCAAUCCAAGAAACUAAUUUCGUCGAUUUUUUACCUUAUGUAAACGAAUUACAAUUCUAUCCUUCGAAUAACUAUUACAUACCACCAAUACCUUAUGACUAUGGUCUAAGCUUUUAUAUGCCCCAACCUAAUUAUGAUAUACCUCUUGAAUAUAAUCCAAGCUUUCUCAGUUAUUCACAAUAG